GCUGGCGCUGGUUGCGAGACUUUCGGCCGGGAAGCCGUAUGCGCAUGGCACUGACUGAGCCGUCCUCUUUCUGUCGUGGCAUCUGGAGGUGAGUGGUCGCUCGUGCUGCGUGGAUCGCAGUUACUAAUCCGACGAAUCUUAUACUGAGGAUAGGACAUCGAACCGCAGUUUUAACGAGUUUAUUAACAUCAGAAUUCCAAAAUGGGUAAAGAGAAGACGCACAUCAAUAUCGUCGUAAUCGGACACGUAGAUUCCGGCAAGUCAACCACCACGGGACACUUAAUUUACAAAUGUGGUGGUAUAGACAAACGUACGAUCGAGAAGUUCGAGAAGGAAGCCCAGGAGAUGGGUAAAGGCUCAUUUAAAUACGCCUGGGUGUUGGAUAAGCUGAAAGCAGAGCGUGAGCGCGGUAUCACGAUCGAUAUCGCUCUGUGGAAGUUCGAGACUUCCAAGUAUUAUGUUACCAUCAUUGAUGCUCCCGGACACAGGGACUUUAUCAAAAACAUGAUUACCGGCACAUCGCAAGCCGAUUGUGCUGUAUUGAUUGUCGCCGCGGGUACCGGAGAAUUUGAAGCCGGUAUCUCCAAGAAUGGACAGACCCGUGAACAUGCUCUGCUCGCUUUUACACUAGGUGUAAAACAGCUGAUCGUCGGAGUUAACAAGAUGGACUCGACAGAGCCGCCUUACUCUGAGUCUCGCUUUGAGGAAAUUAAGAAGGAAGUUUCUUCCUAUAUUAAGAAGAUCGGCUACAACCCGGCUGCUGUAGCCUUCGUACCCAUCUCCGGUUGGCAUGGCGACAAUAUGCUGGAGGUUUCCGCCAAAAUGCCCUGGUUCAAAGGCUGGACAGUGGAGCGCAAAGACAAUAAGGCUGAGGGUAAAUGCCUUAUUGAGGCCUUAGACGCUAUACUGCCACCCACCAGGCCGACUGACAAGGCGCUUCGUCUUCCCCUUCAGGACGUGUACAAGAUUGGUGGCAUUGGAACCGUACCUGUUGGCCGUGUCGAAACUGGUGUGUUGAAACCCGGCAUGGUCGUUACCUUUGCACCCGCUGGACUGAUGACUGAGGUUAAGUCCGUUGAAAUGCAUCAUGAAGCUCUCACAGAGGCUGUUCCCGGCGAUAACGUUGGUUUCAACGUUAAAAAUGUGUCUGUUAAAGAAUUGCGUCGUGGUUACGUCGCUGGUGAUUCCAAGAACAACCCACCUAAAGGAGCUGCUGAUUUCACCGCACAGGUCAUCGUGCUGAACCAUCCUGGUCAAAUCAGCAACGGAUACACGCCUGUGUUGGAUUGUCAUACCGCCCAUAUUGCGUGUAAGUUUGCUGAAAUCAAAGAGAAGUGCGACCGUCGUACCGGCAAGACCACUGAGGAGAACCCGAAGUCUAUCAAGUCAGGUGACGCGGCCAUCGUUACUCUUGUGCCCAGCAAGCCCAUGUGCGUCGAGGCUUUCCAGGAGUUCCCUCCUCUGGGACGUUUCGCCGUCCGUGACAUGCGUCAGACCGUCGCCGUCGGUGUUAUCAAGGCCGUGACCUUCAAGGACGCGACCGGCAAAGUCACUAAGGCCGCUGAGAAAGCCCAGAAGAAAAAAUAACUAUUACAAUAAUUUCCGUGCAUAUACCGAUAGUUUCCGUGCGAAUAUGUCGCCGGAUGAACGCCGGCAUACAACAGCCGACGCAGCUCGCUCUCCCUCGUCACGCGACUCGCAUGUGUCAGACGUCGUAGAAUUAUCUCCGUCGUCAUUAUUAUCAUCGUUAUCGCCACUGAUCGCGGAACUCUCCGCACAAUCACGAAUUCCCAAAAAUAAGGAAAUUACAAUCCAAUCACGAAGAUUAGUUCUUCGCGCGUAUGAAGAAAUAAUGCGUACAUCGCGUUUCCUCGACGCGCGAAUAUUUCGUUUGUCGAAAUGGUUCCUUCGCCAUUUCUUCCAUCGUAAAGAAUUCCGCAGGAAAGGAAAGUCCACCAUUUGGGCGAUUAUGAUUGCGAUCGAUUGGCGAGAUAUACUGCAUUAGACGGACGACGCGCACGCGUGAAGAGGGAAAGCGAACUUCGCGCGAACUAUCUGACAACAUCUUCAUAACGAACGUCAACAUCAUAAUUUAGCGCGGCUUAAUUAUAUUUUUUAAUUAUACGGAAAUAAAUUCUGUAUCAGCUCGAUACUCGAAGAUAAAAACAUCUUAUUAUUACUAUUACUCUCAUUCUAAUUUUGUCUCGAUGUUUGACAGCUAAUUGGCAAUGUAUUCUUGUAUUUUUGUUAUCCUCUUCUUUGCGAAGAAAUUCCUCAUUUAUCCGCUCUCAUUCUCUACGAUAACUAUACAAUUCGAAAGUAAAAACAGCGAUAAAGCGGUGAUCUUUCAUCUUCUUGAUAGCUUUUUAUAUUAAUCAUUCAGACUGCUCUAUAUCUAUUCACAGAAAACUAGAAUAGAAGAGACAGCGGUGGUAGGCCUCGACAAAAGUAGAUUUCGUUGGGAGAUGGGACCUGUUUACUAAUUAUCUAAUAAUUAUCGUUUAAUUAUUUCAUUAUAGAUGAAGUGAAUCCUCUUGUAAACUUUCUACAAGGCAUUUUUAUUAUAAACUUUUACUAUAAACUCUUCCUUUUUUUUCUAUAUCACGUGUAAUCCGCAUGAAAUCGUGAGACACGUUUAAGAACGACGAUUUUUAUGAUAACUCGGCAUCUUUUAUCCCGCGAUUCUUCUACAAUUGCAUUGGUUGAAAGUUUUCUGUACAUACAUAUAAAUAACAGUGAUAACAAAUAAAAAAAAGUGAAUAAAGAAGCUACGGAAACGAGAGAUAA